AUGACCGAUACUGAUUCCAACUCUGAAAUCUCAGCUACCGUGGGAAAUGGCAUCCGCUCUUCUCCUUCACCCAAUAUCCCCAAUGGCAAACCCGCCUCACCCUAUGUGAAGGAAAGCACUCCUGUGCAGACCGUCAGUUCCAAAGAUCCCAAGGCUGCUGCAGCUGCGGCCAAUGACAUGCGAAAUGUGGUGCGAAGAAAAUUGACCGGUUAUGUUGGUUUUGCCAAUCUGCCCAACCAAUGGCACAGAAAAAGUGUGAGAAAGGGAUUCAACUUCAAUGUCAUGGUAGUUGGCGAGUCGGGAUUGGGAAAGUCGACCUUGGUCAAUACUUUGUUCAAUACCUCCCUCUAUCCUCCACGUGAGCGCAAAGGACCCAGCUUAGAUAUCAUUCCCAAGACCGUGUCUAUCCAAUCGAUCAGUGCUGAUAUUGAGGAGAAUGGGGUUCGUCUGCGCCUCACGGUUGUGGAUACUCCCGGAUUUGGCGAUUUUGUCAACAACGACGACUCAUGGAGACCCAUUGUGGAAAAUAUCGAGCAGAGGUUUGAUGCGUACCUGGAGGCUGAGAACAAAGUCAACCGGAUGAACAUUGUUGACAACCGAGUCCAUGCCUGUGUUUACUUCAUUCAGCCCACCGGCCACUCCCUCAAGCCUCUGGAUAUCGAGGUGAUGCGCCGUCUACAUACCAAGGUCAACUUGAUUCCUGUCAUUGCAAAGGCGGAUACAUUGACUGAUGAAGAGAUUGCCUCGUUCAAGCAGAGAAUUCUCAGUGAUAUUCAGCACCAUUCCAUCCAGAUCUUCGAAGGUCCUCGAUAUGAGCUCGAUGAUGAGGAGACCAUUGCGGAGAAUCAAGAAAUCAUGUCCAAAGUACCCUUCGCCGUGGUGGGUGCCAACUACGAAGUGACCAACCCAGAAGGCCGCAAAGUCCGUGGCCGCCGUUAUCCCUGGGGCAUCAUUGAGGUAGAUAACGAGGAGCACUGCGACUUUGUCAAGCUGAGACAGAUGUUGAUUCGAACGCACAUGGAAGAGCUCAAGGAGCACACCAACAAUGCGCUGUACGAGAAUUACCGCUCAGACAAGCUCAUUCAAAUGGGUGUGUCACAGGACCCCAGCGUGUUCAAGGAGGUCAAUCCUGCGGUGAAGCAAGAGGAAGAACGCACCCUACACGAACAGAAGCUUGCGAAGAUGGAAGCCGAAAUGAAGGCCGUCUUCCAGCAAAAGGUGCAGGAGAAGGAAAGCAAACUGCAACAGAGCGAGGAGGAGCUUUUUGCCCGUCACCGUGAGAUGAAGGAACAAUUAGAACGACAGCGAGCGGAGCUGGAGGAGAAGAAAGCACGCAUCGAACAAGGCCGGCCGAUCGAAAAGGAAGGCAAGAGAAAGGGCUUCUCACUGCGAUAG